UAUCGUUUUGUGCCGACCAACGUCCACUAGCUUCAUGCUAGCAUAAAUAAGGUGAAAUAUCCUGUACAUGCUAAUGGAAGUUAACAUGAAUGUUACGCUCAUUCUAAACAUUGAAACAGCUGCUACUUUACACACACAGUGUAGCAAAACCUACAAGCAGUCUUUCUUCUGUGUCUCCAGUUGAUGAAAAAAUACUUAGCUCACUUUUAAGUGUGAUACAAAUAUGUGAAUACAUCGAAGAGUGUUGGGGUCUCAUUGUACAUGUACACUUGGGUCUACUACGCAACUGUAUUUUAAUCUUGGGUCAUUGUGCUGGUACUUGGUAUGAAAAAAAUAUAUAUAUAACCACUGCUGCGAAAAAUAGACUAGGUUAUAACAAGGGUCAGUGUAGGACAUUUCGGUUGAUCCUGAAAUUCCACCCAACUUUUUGGGAGUAGUGUGUGAUGACUCCGGGUUUGGGCUGCCGGACUGAAACGCUUCCAUGACGUUGACGCUGAGUGCGACGAACAAGAAUGGCUCCAGUGUGCACCGCUGAGGCACCGUGGCAGGCAUGACGUCCAAAGCCCUUAACUGUUUUUGGGCCCAACCCAGGAAGAAAACAGGGGCCCUACUGUUUGACCACAUCAGCCACUCACUGCACAUACACAUUUAUGAUUUGGCACUGUUCAAAGGUAAUGCUUAUAAAAAUGUUUUGCUCCACACUAAAAAUUGUUUAGGAUAAUCCUGGCAUCUUUUUCGGUUUUUCCACAUUGGGGUCAUAGGUGAACUGGAUGCUUUUCUCUGGACGAGAGGUGGAUGUACAUUGUGGACUGGGCACAUAUAGACAAAAAAAAAAUCCUUACUCACUGUAUGGACAAUAUAGAGUCCUGCUGACCUCAAUAUGCGUGCUUUAACUGCUAUUCUGAGAUAAGUGUGCGGACAUUCACUAACGCAUUAUUAGCGUCAAACUUGAAAAGGUCGAAAAGAAAUGGGGGGUUAUCUUUCUAAGUACAAAAUUGAUAACAACAGAGACGUUUCAUUUCUCACUUAUUUCAACGCAAGCCUUUUUAACUAGGACAAGAAGAAAUGGUUCCGUUGGGUUUUUUUUUCACCUUGCGUCGUGCUCUUAAAAAAACGUGGCAUUUGUCGUGCCCCGGCACACCCCUUCACCUCGCGUGGAAUUAGUAUCGCCCACUCCAAGUUUCCGGGUUUCUCUGACGCAGGUACGCGUCCACGCAUGACUAGUGCGCGCCCCCGUGGUUUAAAGCAGUCGCGAGUAGAAGCAAGUCAACCACAGGAAUGUAACCAAGAUAGCUUUGCGUUAGCAUCGAACGGCGUAGCGUGUGUGGAAGUAGACCCCGAACCGACAACCGACUUUUUUUAUAGUCCAAGGUGCCAUUUCCCUUUUCUCCUCGUGCGUUUUCGCUCGGCAGUACACUUCAAGUGACAAUUUCACCUAAAGCCUUCGCGGACAUCGUUUGGAUGAGACUGCCACGGCCAGACAAAAGCAACUCCGUCUGCAGAAAAGGUGAAACGGCGGUAGAGGUGGUCCACGGGAAGCGCCACUUUCAAUUCGACACCAUGUCCCUCGGCACCUUCCACCUCAUGCAGACCUUGAAGAACUCUCCGGCCGCGCUCCGCCGCCGCUUCCGCCGCGACCGCACCGAGUCGCUGUCCCACGGCGACCCGCUCUUCAAAGUCCACUACCUGGGCACCGAGAAGAUCUUCUCCCUGGACCAAGAACAGGCGCGGGACGCCAUCGGCCGCCUGCUGGCAGGCGUGGCCAGCGGCAAGAAGCUGAGUAAAGACCACGCCCUGGUGGUGCGGCCUCGCUACGUGGAGGUCAAGGAGCUGAGCACGGGUCGGCAGCUCACCAAGACGUACCUGCAGGACAUCGCGUACUGCGCCGCCGACGCCGACCGCCCCAACGUCUUCCUGUACAUCUGCAAGCACCACGGGCAGCAGCUGCAGUGCCGCGUGUUCUGGUGCAACCGGGCCGAGCGGGCGCGGGACAUGACCAGCUGCCUGGCGCACUCCUUCCAGCGGGCGCUGAGUGACUGGCAGCGGGAGGGCUCGGCCACGCCGCCGUCGCCGAGUGCUGCCGACGCCGCCGCCGGCUCGCCGGCCGCCAAGAGCUCCACGCUACCUGCCAGCUUGGGCAGAGUCCGCUGGAGGAAGAGAGGCUCCGUGUCCCGAAGCCCCCUGCGAGCCAUCGCCAGACGAGGGUCCGCCUCUGGCAGCUGGAGCUGAGCCGCCACCCCCCCUCCCCUCCCCAUCCCAGCCGGACUGCAGGGAUCAGUGAGGCAUGUGUCGUUUUUACGGAUUUAAUAUUCCAAACACUUGCGGGGUUGUCGAUCCCGGAACAGAGGGAGCGUUGUCACUUCCUCUCUUCCCAUCAGUGAGUGUACAGUGAUGCCACAGUGUGCUUUGCCCCCCCCCGCCCCCCAUCCGAGCCCUCAAAGUGACUCAAGCAGCUGUUGCAUCAUGUUUACAGGUUUUACUUUUCCCCGACAAACUAAUGCUAAACAUUCCACUUUUUUUUUUAAAUGGGACUUUUUUUUUUCUCACCCGUGUGGGACUAAAGGUAUUUUUUUUUGUUGUUGUUGUUUUUAAAAGUGACGUCUUUACAAAGAGCACACAAGUGCCUGCUUGAAGGUAUAUGUUUUUUAAUUUUUUCAAUGUGUUGUUGUACUUAUGUACAUAUUUAAUGAAAUAUGUAUGAAAAUGUUUUUAUACGUUUGUGUCGUCGCUUGCUCUCGGGCAAAUAUUAAAUGACAAACGAGCUGGUUUCCGCAAGGCCAGCUUCAAAUGUUA